CCCAUUUUAAAGCCCAAUCAGAAUUACCCCUCUUUCUCUCUCUAUUCUCUCUCUCUCUCUCUCUUUUUCUCUCGAUUUAAUAUUUUCCCUUACUUUUUUUUUUGAACCUAACCUUUUUCAUCAUAAUAAUAAUUUACAAUGUCCAUGUUCCUUUCCAAAUUCCUGUCUGGAAGGAAUGUGGCCAAGUCAAAGCUUGAAUUAUUAACAGAGGCUUGGACUAAUAUUCAAAAGUAUUACGAAACUGCAGCUGAUCCUCUUAAAGAUGCUGUUGAUCUCACACCUAUUCCGCACAGUUUACAAAACAUUGUAAAGUUGAUUCAAGCCGAAGAAGUCGAACAUCAUCGAGCUAGUGGAAGUUUAGAAACAGGACCUUGUUUAGAAUAUCUGUUACAGAAGCGCGUUCUAGAGGAAUUAGUGGAAUUUGCCAAAGUCGAUACACCGUACGGUAUGAGAGUUCAUUGUCUUCGAUUUUUCUGUAGUCUGGUCACAAAUGUUCAUGCUCAAUUGUUACCAGAGCGUGCGGUUCAUGUUCCGCUCCAAAAAUUGAUUACCUCUUGUCAUCGACUGAUAGCGCAUCAUUACGAACAAUUAGCCACAGAAGCUGAACUCUGUCCCGAAGAAAGAACCGCAGCCAUCUCCGAAUUAUCAUUGGAACUUGUGAAAUUAAUGCAUGGUGUCUUUUCACAUUUUAAAGGAGCCAAUGCAGCUCUUAUGGACUUGUUUUUCGAAAGGGGUUGGUGUAGAGCCCUGGGUGAAAACGUCUGGAGAUCAUCCAAGGACGGCAAGAAUUUACAUAAACGUAGAGAGAGUUUUGAAGAGAAAAUAGCUUGGAAUAUUUUCUUAACUCCUCGAUUUGAUAUGUUUACAUACUUAAUUGACUACAUGAAUAUCCCAGGUGAAACAGGUGAGAUUGCAAGAGAAGCCAUUCUUUUUGCAUUACGUUUAUUAGAGGACGAUCCCGAAUACGUCUGUUACGUGGUCGAAUACUCUGGUCUAUGUGAAGUCAUGGCUGAACGUCUCUCACUGUUUUUCGCCUGCUUGCCUAAAAACGCCGGUGCUUUCAACAUCUCCAGCAACAAUCGUGUCAGUGCGGUCCGUACCUCACGUCGUAGCAUCACAUUUUCUGUACCCGCCAUGAUCACCAACAACAGUUUGAUGAUCACCGUCAAUGCGCAAAACAGCUUUAAAAAGAAGCGUAGAAAGCGUAGUCCCUUUGACGUUAAUUUUGUUCGUACCUUGGAAUCCAUUGGAGAAAAAGAACGUGUGGUGGAUGAGUUUUAUAGUUUUUGGGAGUAUCUUAACGACGUUGCACGCGUGGCUGAAAAGAGAUUGAUGACCGCUCUAAUGGCUCAGUUGACCACCAUCUUUUGGCACCCGACAGUAUGUGCUGCAUUAAGUUCGCCGUCGGCUGAGACUGCUACGUCCGCUACCGCUUACACAACAGAGAUGAUCAGAUCCUUGACAGAUCAACGUUUAUUGCACGUCUUUUUGGUUGUGCUCUUGGGUGAAGAUGGUGGUAUUGGAAAAGACAUUGAACCUGAAGUGAAAACAUACAUACCGAUACAAGACCUGAUUGAUGAUGACCGUGAUGAUGAAACCAUGUCUGCUCAAACAGGCAGUGACGAUGGAAUGAAAGAAAAGGAACCAGAAUCAGACGAAGAUUGGACUUUACGGUUACUUUUAAUCAAUCGUAUCGAUGCUGAUAAUCAUGAAUUAUCAUUGGCCACCUUACGUUUAUUUGACACCAUCAUGGAAACCUAUAAUCAAUUCGCUAUUUAUAAUUUGGUGUUGCGUAAUUAUCUUGAUAUCUCACCUGACGGUGAAUAUAUUGAAGACGAUGCAAGAGAUGUGACAGAUACGUCUUCUUUGGGUUCCAAAGUGGUGGAUAAUGCAAGUAUUGUGACAGUAGAAGAACCUGCUAAAGUUGAUGAUCUUGCUAUUGGUGAUAAUGCAUCUACCACAACGAGCAAUACUACAGCCAAAAAGGAACACAAGACGGAAAAAGUAAGAUGGCUUGUUGAAAGAGUGCUGUCAUUAUUACCAUUGGAGGACGAAUUGGAAAGAAUGAAAUCACCCCCACUAUCAUCUGUCAUUCCAACUGACUCUUUUGUAUCCACUGUGCAUGGACAAUCGGAUGACUUGGGUAACCCCUAUGCAGUAGUACCCGGUAAUAGUUAUGAUGAUUACUUUCAUGAAGCGCAAGAAAGGUUCCAUUAUGCUCUUUUAGCAAAGAACUUUUGGCAAACUUCUUAUCCUCCAGUCAAGACACGUAAAGAUUUUGAACGUGAAGCAGAAAACCGUAAAGGACGUCCGAGUCGACCUCCACACGAAAAUGACGGAGCUAGUAUCACCAGCACCACAACCACCAAUACCAGUAAAAAGCCCGAGGCAUUUGAAGGUCUUUUCCUCAGUCGAAUCUUUGAUCAGUUUUAUAAAAUGUUGGAGUUACCCAUGGAACAGAACUUAUUGGUCACAAGUAUCUUGCAGAAAAUUGCAGGUGUGGUGGACAAACGCAUGGACGGGGUCAUUUGUGACUGGCGUGCUGUACGUGUGGGCAUUGAUGGUGCCUUAUAUGGUGGUGUAUGGGCGUUACCCAGUGCCAAGAGUAAUCGACGCAGUUUGUAUGCUUUAUUAGAACAAGUUACGUUUGAAGCUUUAAAAAGAGCUCAAUUAGUACCUAAUUUUGAAACAAGAAUUUCGAUUGCCAAGAAACGAGGUAUUUCACCGGGUGGAGGUGGUAAUGGUGUGGGUUUGCCUCAACCACAAAGUAGUUUAUCACUAAAUACCGAUCAUCGAGCACGAAGAGAAAGUAGUCCUGCUAUUCAACAAACAGUUUCACCGCGUACAAGUGAUCAUCUUUCCAGAAAUCAUCAGAACCUAUCCAAGAUUGUAUUUAAUAAGGGAUCCACAUCGACAUUAAUGCCAUCUUCACCGCGUAGCCCCUCUACGCCUGCAGCAACUAAAUCAGCAGGUCUUUUACCUUUAAGGAUUACACGCGAUAUGGGAUUAGGUGGAAGUGGAGGAACUGGAUCACCUGGCAAUCCCAACUCACCUUCUUCAACCUUCUUUCAAAACUCGCAACGUUCAAAUGCAACACCUGUCACCAUGACCAAUCCCUUUGCUAAAUUAUCCAAUUUUGUACAAUCUUACAUUGUAUUGCAGGAAUUCUGUAAAGAAUUAGCGGCAGUGAUACUUGUACGACAUGCAACAAAUUAUAACGAAAUUGGGUUUGUGCGAUACCAGGAGCAACGUGAGAUGAUGUUGAUUGAUCCUGGGCCACCGAGUGGAUUCAAUGGUCAUCAACAAGUGAUGCAUGGAGGCAAUAACCCACAGGAUUGGUUACUAGAUGAGACCAACGAUGAUGACGAGGAAGAAAUCAAGUAUAAACAAAAGAACUUUGAUAAAUGGAAGAAUAGAAUUUCAGUCGUGUCAACUUUAGCCGAUUGGAGAAGUGUGAGAAGUUUAGAUACCAUUGAUGAAGCCAUCACAGCAAGAGUACCUUCUAGAACCACAGGAUCCACAGAAGCUGUUAAAGGUUAAUUAUCAACCCCCCAAUCCUUCUCUCUCUCUCUCCCUUUCUCUCCCCUUCUCCCUUAAUAUUUUUGUUAUCUUAUUAUUCCUUACUUCUUAUAUAUAUCUUUUCUUCACCUCCCACGCGCGCGCCUCUUUCUUUUUCUUUUUUUUUUUUUUUUUUUUUCUUCAAACUAUUCUAGUUUAUUUCUAAUAAAAAAUCACACGAAAA